UUUUUAAUAUUCUUUUUACUGAACUGAUCUAUUAUCUACACCACCCUGCUACUGAAACUUUCCACUCUUAUUCUUCCCCUCUCAAAAUCUAUCUGUAAAUCUAUAUAUGUGCAGAAAGGGCUCAGUUCUUGAAGGUUUUUAUAUAUAUAUAUAUAUAUGAUAUCUGAUUGUGUUGCAGAGUUGUUCUGACGAGCAAUCCAUGGCUAGAUAGUGACUUGGAGAGAAUAACCCAUCAUCAUCUCCUCACGAGACUUUGUUUAUAAUGCUACCCUAUCAACAAAACAACUAAUACUUUAAGAAAAGGGGAGAAAUCAAAUUAGUCUUUUGUGGUUUUUCUUUCUUUCUCAGACAUGUUUCCAACAGUUAUGUCCAAUUCCAGUUCUUGGUCUGAGGAAGCUAGUGUUUCUUCUAUUACAAGGGUUCAAGACCUAGGUAGCUUAAAUCCCAUUGUUUCAUCCAUUUCUCCACAGCAGCGGACACUAAAGAAGAAAAGAAAUCUCCCAGGGAACCCAGAUCCGGAGGCUGAAGUGAUUGCUUUAUCUCCCAAGACUUUACUGGCGACCAACAGAUUUGUGUGUGAGAUCUGUAAUAAAGGUUUCCAGAGAGAUCAAAACCUUCAGCUCCAUAGAAGGGGACAUAACCUUCCGUGGAAACUGAAGCUAAGGAGCAAAGAGAUGAAGAAGAAAGCCUAUGUUUGCCCCGAGCCGACGUGUGUUCACCACCAUCCGUCGAGGGCUUUAGGCGAUCUUACCGGCAUCAAGAAACACUAUUGCCGGAAACAUGGAGAGAAGAGAUGGAAGUGUGAGAAAUGCUCAAAGUUCUACGCUGUUCAAUCUGAUUGGAAAGCUCAUUCUAAAACUUGCGGAACCAGAGAAUAUAAAUGUGAAUGUGGAACCCUUUUCUCAAGGAAGGACAGUUUCAUAACUCACAGAGCGUUUUGUGAUGCAUUGGCUGAAGAAAAUGCAAGGUUUUCAACGAACAACCCUGCCUCCUCCGCCGUCUCCUGUGUCGCCUCCGCCGUGAAUCCUCCGUUUUUCCCUUUCCAAACUAAUAUCUCUUUCCAUCCAUGGCUGGAACCUACUCAGACCUAUAACCCUAACCCUAAUGAUAAUAACCCACUUCAUGUCAACCCUUGGUCUCAUCAUUUUGUUCCAUUCUCCCAAGAACCGGCUACGCCGCCGCCUCCGAAGCUCGGGUUUGUCUCACCCUUCCAGAACCUCCAUGUCAGCAAUAACAUUUCCUCCAAUGUUGCCAUGUCGGCCACCGCGCUCCUUCAAAAGGCUGCCACUGUUGGGGCAACUGCUAUGCGGAUAAACAACGACGACAGAGGCUGCAACGACAACAUGGCUGGUUAUGUCUCAUCGGAAUUUUUUGGUUUCGGAGCCGGAAGCCUGGGCUCAUGGCAGAAGAGCAGCGACCAUUUCACGAGGGAUUUUCUAGGUUUGACCGGAGACAAUCACCAUCAUGGUGGUGGCAAUGGAGACUUUAACCUUAGCAUGAACGUGAGAGAGGUUCUAACGUAUGCCGGGGGACUGGAGUUGCAGCAGUUUGAGAGAAACCACUCGAUGUUGAAACCCCAGGGUUUUGGAUUCGCGGAGCCUGCCUCGGAAACAUGGGGUGACUACUAAAUGUCAAAAAGGGUCAAAUUACGUUUUGAUCUUUCUACUAUACUUAAUUUGGGAUUUAGUCCUUGUAUUUUAAUUU